CACAAACGCACCAAAAAGAGAGAGAGAGAGAGAGAGAGAGAGAACAAAAAAAAGAAGGAAGGAAUAUUUUAGAAACUGGACAAGUGGAAGGAAUACAACUUGUAGAUCAUCGUAUUUUUUUUUUCUCCCAACAAAAAUAAAAAUCCCUGGAAGUUUUGACAUGAUGAAGAUUUCCAGCGUUGUGCUUCUACUGCUUCACGCCUUGGUGGUGUCCAGACCGGCCAGCGGUGCUGCAGUUGACAGGUAUGAGAGUGACAGGCAGCGACACACAGCUGUGAUCAACUUGGACACGACCAGAAACAGGAGGGUGGAGGACGAGGAGAGCAGAAGCGUUGGUGCGACGACGGCGGAGAACGGUCAGGAAGGCGUGGAGGAGGAGUACGGGGAUUAUUAUUAUGAGGAGUAUGAAGAUGGCAUGUCUGGGGACUACGUGGAGUUGCCACGAAUUGCCAUGGUAAGCAAACCAAAUGAGCCGUCUGUCAUCCUGGAGACAGCAAGCACUGAAGGACAGAGGAGGAGAGGAAAGGGAAGAAAGAAGGGGAAGGGAAAGGGAAAGAAGAGGAAUCCUUGCCUGAGGAAGUAUAAAGAUUUCUGCAUUCACGGCACCUGCCAGUACGUGAGGAACAUCCACGCCCCAAUCUGUGUGUGCCUCCCGAGCUACUCUGGGGAAAGGUGUCAGUUUUUCACGUUGCCCUUGGAGAAGCCCCAGGAGGGCUACAACCGGACCACAGCCCUGGCAGUGGUGGCGGUGGUGCUGUCGUCCGUCUGCCUCACCAUCAUAGGCCUUUUGUUGUUGCUCAGGUUUCACAAGCGGGGAGCGUAUGAUGUAGAGAAUGAAGAAAAGGUCAAACUAGGGUUAGCGUCCAACCACUGAGACAAAGAGAGGCAAAGAUGUGGAAAUUCUACCUCAAAAUAGAAAAAGGGAAGUGAACUGCGAAAGGAAGGUCCUGGAGGGAAACGGAUCGUACAUGAAGAAGGGAACCGAGGCUGUUUUCUGCCUCGACCCCUCUGCUAGACGUUCAGAUGAAAAAUGGGCGGGCGAACAUAUUCCCUAAAGGCCUAAUGGAAGAAGUCGGCCCACCUGAAACUGGAAUACUAACGGCCCAGAGGAUGGACAGGAGAUGUGAAGAGCCGCAGGUGAUGAGCACGAAGGAACCAGGAGAAGAAGAAGGAACAUGUCUAGACUCUGUGCUGCUUCUUGACUGUGUGAAAAGAGGUCGUUUUGGACUUAACUGAACAAGAUUUUUAACAAAAGCAUUUUCUAUUUUCCUGCACAAGUCCAUCUUUCUUGUUUUUGUUUGUGUACAGUAAACGGUAUAUUUAUAAUUUUAAUUUAUUUAUUUAAGCUAACUGUAUUUAUAGAGAUUUUAACCGCCUUCAACCGUUUUUAAAAAUAAUGAUGUUACAGUUGUUUUUAUAUUUCUUAUUGGACGAUAUUUAUUUAUGAAACAGAAAAGCAAACAAUGUUGAAGCUCAUUGAGAGAUUCAGUAUUUCAUGAAGAGGGAUCGAUGCAUCAUUAUCUGAUUUCUGGUUUUAAAUUCGGCACUUAGUAGAUGAUCAAUGGCACUGUGAUUAAUAGAUUGAUUGUUGAAUAGACAUGUUUUUUUAAUUAUUCAGGCUGGUUUCAAUUAGAGCAACGCCCUGCUUGUACUCACACAGUUAAAAACAUUCACACCUGGGAGCUGUCCAGUGCAACCAGUUGGAUCUGUAAGCCACUUGGCAGCUCAGGGCCUUGCUCAAAGGCACAUUGGCGGUGGUAAUGGGGUAGGGGGUUGCUCUUACUCCUAAAUUUGUCCUGCAGGAGUCUUCUGCCUCAGUGAGAUCAGAUCAACGCCUGUCAUUAUUAUGCAUUGCACUGUAUUGAUUAAAGGCAACAAAAAAACUGCACUCAGCCACUGUAUUGUUAAGAAACGUUCAAAAGGGGAGUCGAAUAUCAAAUGCACUGUAGCAAGAAUUUGGUAUGAAUAUGUUUUCAUGUUGUCUUACCGCCAUUAGAGGAGAAACUCCUUCAGAUCCAUGUAAAGCUGUCAAGCAAAAGAGGAAAAAAAUGUGAAUUACAGUGUUCCACCCUUUCAAAUCCUGUCAUGCAGUUUUGAAGUGAUUUUUAUUUAUGUGAUUUCUUUUUUUUCAGAGCGAAAUAAAAAAAAGA